AUGACAGCGCCUGAUGUUGAAAGUAAGGUUUUAAAUUCCCCGUGGGGUGAAAUUAAAGUUGGGAACGAAACAUUAACUGAAUACGUGUUUAGUGAUUGCGAACUAUGGCCGGAUAAGCCAUCGUUGACAUGCGGCGCCUCAGGCCGUUCAUAUGAUUACGGCUUCUUGCGGAUGAUGGUCGAUCGAUGUGCGAUGGCUUUGAUUGGCCACAUGCGUCUCUCUCCUGGCCAACGCAUCGGCCUGAUAUUGCCCAAUAUUCCCGAAUUCGCAGCUCUCAUAUACGGUGCGAUGCGAGCCGGUUUGGUUGUUACAUUUGCCAACCCGUUGUAUACAGCAGAGGAGGUGAGAAGACAGUUCUCUGAUUGUGGCGUAAACGCAAUUGGCACUAUAGAAAUGUUUAUGCCAUUGGCGCAAGAAGUUAGCAAGUCUUUGAAAGAUUACAAAGGUACCAUUUGGAUUGGAGGCGAAGACGAUAAAACUAAAGAGAUAUUUGGCUUACGCUCACUUCUGAUGGCGGAUCACAAAGCGGACCUGCCGACAUUAAACUGCGAUGACGUAUGCCUGAUUCCUUACUCCAGUGGCACCACAGGCAUGCCCAAAGGUGUAAUGCUGACACACAAAAACCUCGUGUCCAACCUUAAACAAACACAAUGCCCUACGAUAAUGAAGUAUAAAGGUGAAAAAGGCCACGGAGACGUGAUUUUGACUGUACCGCCGUUUUUUCACAUAUACGGCUUCAACGCAGUCCUAAACUAUAAUAUAACACUUGGAUACCAUGUUGUCUCCAUCCCUAAAUUCACCCCGGAAGAUUACGUGAAGUGCUUAGUGGAAUACAAACCCACAACCCUGUUUGUGGUGCCUUCGCUCCUCGCUUUUCUUGCCACUCAUCCUAUGGUGAAGAAGGAGCAUUUGCAGUCUGUGGAAACAAUUAUGGUGGGGGCAGCCCCCACUACGGAUAGUAUGCUCGAAAAGUUCCUGCUCAAAUGUGAAAAAACUAAAGACGAAAUAAAAUUGUUACAAGGUUACGGCAUGACCGAGAGCUCCCCGGUGACUUUAAUGACACCAUACAUUUAUCCAUACAACAAAGUUGGCUCUGUGGGCCAACUGCUGCCUAGCACCCAGGCGAGAGUUAUUUCUCUCACCACGGGGGAUUCGCUGGGACCGCACAAGUCCGGAGAGUUGUGUCUACGAGGGCCACAGAUCAUGAAAGGCUACUGGAACAACGAGAAAGCGACAAAGGAGACAGUGGACAGCGACGGUUGGCUUCACACGGGCGACGUGGCGUACUUCGAUGAAGACCACUACUUCUACAUAGUCGAUCGCACCAAAGAACUCAUCAAAGUUAAGGGCAACCAGGUUUCCCCGACAGAAAUAGAAAGUGUCAUAAUGGAGCAACCGGAAGUUGCGGAUGUCGCGGUCGUCGGUAUGCCGGACCCCCUUGCCGGGGAAAUCCCAAAAGCGUUCGUAGUUCUAAAACCGAACCACACUCUUACGGAGAAACAAGUAUACGACGCUGUAGCCCAAAAGCUGACGAAAUACAAACAUCUUGCGGGAGGAGUCGCUUUCCUGCAAUCGAUUCCAAGGAACGCUGCUGGAAAGAUCUUGCGUAACGAAUUAAAAGUUCUAGGUACCAAAAAA